AUGGGCUAUUGGCUAUUCCUCUCUGUGGCCGUGAGCGCUUUCUUCGCUAGCGCCAGUGCCGCGCCAUCGAAAUAUCUCUCCAAGAGAGAGACUAGGCUCAGAUGCAGAUCCCAACAGGACUGUGUGACCUGGUACACCACCGGCAGCGCCCUGUGCCCCUCAGGCUACGAAUUAAAGCACCACAAAGCCCCCGGUGACCCAGUGGGCACAUACUGCGAAAGAAAGUACAAUGACGAAGAGAAGAAAGAGUGUGCUUCCGAAGAGUGUGCAUUCUACACUGGUCAAUGUAACAAUGCUCCGGCAAGUACUAUUUGUGGGGAUGCGCUCAGGUACUGCGGCACUCCUGUCAAAAUUUCCAAGCGCAUCUUUGACAAAAACGCGGCGGCUGAGGAAAGGUAUCUCCGAUACAAUUUUGGCGAGUCCGCUACUGGAACGCGAUUGUUCAUGACUUGCACUCCGGUUACGCCAGAGGGUGCCGAGGAAGUCGACAAGAAGGUGCUAGACAGCCUCCCGUAUCGGCUCUGCGAUAAGUACCCAUAUGGAGACCCAUAUGAGCAUGAUUGGAAGUGCAAAGCUCCCAAGAACAAGUUUGAUAGUAUUGAGAAGACUGCUAAAGCGGCUUACAAAGCGGCGGCCCAUCCUGGUGACAAGGAUAUGUUUGCAAAAAUAUGUGCAUUAAACUAUGGACCUGACGCUAUAUAA